CUCUCAUCCUCUUACCCCGUUUGUUUACGCACGCGAUCGCGUCGUGUCGCGUGACGCGUGCAUGCGUGUUGCGCCCCUGUCGUGUGCCUACGGGUGGCCGCGCCGUCGUGCAGUAUCGUGCCGUAUCGCGUCGUAACGUAUCGCGGCAACGGCAUGCCCAGUAAGAAGAAAAAAUACAACGCUCGUUUUCCAGCGGGUCGUAUCAAGAAGAUCAUGCAGACGGACGAGGAGGUCGGGAAGGUCGCCCAGGCGGUGCCGAUUAUAAUUUCUAGGACCCUGGAACUGUUUGUACACUCCUUGUUAACCAAGACCAUGCAGAUCACGAGUGCCAAAAACGCCAAGACUCUAAGUCCAUCUCAUAUGAAACAGUGUAUCCUAUCGGAGAGCCGAUUCGACUUUCUAAAGGAUCUAGUGAAAUCCCUACCUGACGUGUCGGGGCCUGACGACGAGGUACCCAUGUCACCGGAGACAUCCGCACCGUCGCACGUCAGUGCGCCGAACACAACAGCCACCGCAUGUUCGACGACGAUGCAGCAUCCCGAUCCAUUAGAAUAUCAAAAGCAUCUCGGGUUACCGGUUAGCGCCGAAAUGAACGUAAACCACAGGAGCACGAGAGACAACGGAUCGAGCAGUUUGAAUCCCGUUAACCAAAGGGCCGCGACGACAGUCGGCGGCCACUCGCAGGUCCCGGAGUUCCACAUGUCCAUACCUACGGCCUUCCAAAUUAGUCGACCAAAUUUUUAUACGGAGCUCAAUCCGAGCGCGAGCGACCAGCCAACGUCGAAUUUCACCCGCACCGCCAACAUUGACGAGGAUUACGACACAUAGUAAUCCCCCCAUCGCGAAAUUUAGGAAGUUAAAAGAAAAACUGGUCUUUAUUGAACGUGUGAUGCACGAAUUAGCUGAAGUACGGUAGAGAGAAAAAUGCGUGCGUACACGCACCAGAAGCAUCUUUCGACUGCUCACGUCACUUGUAAAUUAAUGUCGUUUAAUGCUUUCGAAUUGAGACAUUUUCUUAUUUGCUCACAUGCUUGUUUUUUAGAACGAAUGUUCCAGAGUUACGUUAACGUAGGAAUUAUUUAUCUUUUUUUUUUAUCUGUUUUAAGCAAAUUUAUUUAAAUUAAGAGAGAAAACUGUUGCAAAUAAAUGUCGUUCAUUCAA